UUAGUAAACCGCCAAGAUACUGAGUGUUUGAGUGUAAAUACUCGUAAAUGAGAAAACGUUUGAAUUUGGUAAACAAUCGCAGUUUAAUGGGGGACAUGGUGGGAUUAUGUUUCGUUUCAAUACUUUCAAUUUGUUUUAUUUAAAUCAGUGGCUACUAUUCAAAGUUUGUUUCCAUUAUUUUAGUUUUAAAAUAACUCAAUAACUUAACGCUCUGGGCUAUUCUUAAGUACGUUAUUUGAUACUAUUGGAAAAUGAAGAAAUAACAUUUCGCAACAGGUAAUCUUGGUUAAGUCUACGAAGAGAACUAGAUCACUUGCAACGGGUUUUAUCGAUCCGGGCACACACUUAAUAUCGUAUUGGAAUCUAGUUAGACGCAUUGAUUUAAACAGUUGGAAAUUACACAAGAAACUUUGACAUCACCUGAGUAAGAAAAAGGUGACAUUACCUGAAUUUAAUAAAAAGUGAAUCAAGAAAGAGUACUUGUUAUACUGAAAACGGAUAUGUUGAGAUUUGUCAAGAUUAUACGUAGCAAUUCUUUCAAAGUGGUGAUAUCAAAAUCCUCUUAAGAUUUGUAUAUGUUUAUGGAAUGGUUGGAAUUAUGAAAAGCUCUUAAGCUAAAUCUUGAAAGGACCUACGUUAUGUUACCUCAAGCCUAACAUGAAACGUGUGACGUGCGGAAACAUACUUUGUGAAAUGAAAUAAUCAUCCGAUCUGAGAUGGUGAUAGCAUGUUGUUUAAAGCGAGAUGGACACACAUUAAAAAGUUUAAAGGAACACUGUCAUGCCAGCCAAGAACAAAGUAGGAAUGUAAAUGUUCAGACAAUCUCUGUGGUGCUUAAGGACUAUUCGAAUGACCCUGUUUCGAAAGGAAACUCAGCCGUUGAUGACUCUUCGGAGCCGGAACUGGCGUUCUGGUGCCGUGCCGGCUGUGUUAGCACCGUUUGUGUGUCCGCCCUCAUCUUUCUCGCACUUCCGGCAGGAAUCCUCCUGUGUGUCUAUGCAUCGAAUAACGCCGACAACGAACUAUUGACCGUCGGCAUCAUUAUAUCCUGUCUUCCGAUAUUGACGCUCCCGCUUAUUGUGCUGGUCUUGUUCAACCGCCGAUGUAUCCGUAGUUCGCGGUCCUGACGAAGUAUACAUAAUCGCCAUUAACAUUCCAGUCAGAAAUUUUGAAACCGUUCAAUGUCUUUGUGUGUGAUUUAGUUUAUACCUUAUAUAAAGUGAUGUACGUAUUUCUUUGAUGCUUAGUCAAUGUUCUAAAAAGGUGCAAUGUUGUUGUUUUUUACAAACUUGAUGUAAAGCUAUCAUCUUUUAUGAAUUAACUGUGAUAUUUAUUUGAAUACACGUUAUGUAUAAAGGCAAU